AAAAGAAGGGCUCUUGAAACGAGUGUUGGAUCUCCAAGGAUGUCCAACCCUUGCAAAAAAAGUCCACUUUCUCAGGGUUCUCUGCAUAAGAAUGUGGAUAAUGUGAAAGUAAAACCGACGUGUCACGUAUCUACUUUCAGUGACCGCUCACCCUCAUCCAUGAUUUCUUUUUCUAAUUCACCCAAGACUCGAACAAGUCGUCAGAUUUCAUGAGUGUCCAAGUCUGGAAUAGUGGAAAGUCUCUUGUCAUGGGCAGAUUCUGGAAUAGUGUUUCCUGUGGUGAAUUCUUUGGUCAAUCGCCUGAUAAGGACUCGGAUAUUUGUGGGUUACAUGAGAUAAAUGAUCCGCUUAACAAACGGGAAGAAGGAUUAAAACUUCAGCAAGGUCAUUUAGAAGGAUCAACAAUUAUAUAUGUACCUACUAGAAAAGAAACAUUAAGCAUAUCAAAGUUUCUUUGCAAGUGUGGUGUGAAGGCUGCUGCUUAUAAUGCCAAGGUAACUAUUUUUGUACAUCUGUUUAAUUUGGAUUACCUAUCAUUCAUUAGUUUUUUGUCAUUUUGGUAAUGGUUUUGUAACUCUCUUCCAGGUAAAUCAACCCUUUAGCCUUACUAGACUUCUGUCACUCCUAGUUUUCAAAAUUUGUAAAGUCUUACGUCUCAUGAACGAUGAAAGUGGAAGCUGAAAGUUUUAUUUAAUAAGUGAUUAUUAACUUUAUAAAAUUGAUGCAUUCUCCUUGGGGCAACAGAAACACCAUUAUUAACUUUCAUGUUUUCAACCUCUGGGCUAUUUUUUUUUUUUUUUUUUU